GUUCGACCAUCACGUGAUGACCGUUCAAAUUAUCAGGACCAAAAAAAAAUGAAAAUAUAUGAAACAAAAUAAUUGCGCUCCCUAGCGUGGAUCGUGACAAUCAUCCUCACAUUUUACUGCAUUUUACGUGUGUCAAUGCGAAAUGCGGAGCAUUGAGAAUUACGCAGUUGGUCACGUGCAAGAUGGUUAUUUGUAAAUAUUAUCGUCAAGGCAACUGCCGUUUUGGGCAGUGCUGUCAGUUUGAACAUAUAAACACUUUUGGAAACAAUAACAAAGUAGAGUCAUACAAUGAAGAUGAAUAUACAGUGGUUCUUGUUGCUAAAGAAAUACUCAGUGCCGAAAGAGGAGGUCAGUGGUUGUUGUCGUGCUUUGCACCGCUUAAGGAUAGACCAUGCAUUCCUGGCAUGGAAGAUUUAUCCCCAGAAGAAGUACGAUGGGAAAUUUAUCAGGCUCAGAAAAAUGGAGUGGUUGAACAAGCAAAAAUACGUUUUCAACAAUUGUGUCAAGACAUGAAGGCCAAAAGGGAAGCUUUGAAAAAUCCUACCAGAGAGACAUUGACAAAACUUAAAGAGAUUUUAAGAACAGGUCACAAAAAUGCAAAUGAGAACACAGCCAACAAAUCAUCAAAUUUUUCCUUCGCAAAUCUUCAACUUGGACUUUCAAACAAUACUUCAUCUUCUAAUGUAUUUGGAAAUAAAACGUUCGGAACUCAAAGUAAUCCAUUCAGUGGAGGUUUCACUUCCUCUAAUAAUACAUCAGUAUUUGGUAGGACAACUACAACUUCGAAUCCUGUAUUUGGCGGUGCUCCAACAUUUGGCACAAACUUAGGUGCAUUCAGUGGUGCUGGUAGUACCACAACUAAUCCUGUGUUUGGAGCAACUACGAAUGCUUCUACAUUCAAUACCGGACAGAAUACACAAACUUUUGGGACAUCGAGUUCAAUUUUUAGAGGUGCAACGUCACAGCCCGUUUUUGGAAAUAAUGUGUUUGCUAGACCCCAAACAACGCAAUCGACCACAUCGGUAUUCAAUAGUGGAGCAACGUCUUCCGCCUCUUUGUUCAGUGGUACCCCCUCUCAACCAAGUACAUCAAUAUUCGGUGGAGCUAAAACGACUACGGCUAAUCCAUUCGGUGCUGCCCCAAAUAUACAAACUUCGAAUCCUAUUUUCGGGACGGCCGUCUCAUCCGGAAAUUUCAGUUCUGGAAUAUUUUCUCAGGCCGAAACGGUACCUGCCUUUGGAGGAGCACCAGUUUUUGGCGGUGCAGCAUCGUUCUCGAAUACUCCUGCUCCGAUGUUUGGAGAGAAACCAACGUUCGGAGGCCCUGCUGGAAUGUUUGGUGCGCCUAACACCACAACACCUGCUUUCAGCUCUACUCAACCUACGAAUGCAUUUGGUGCCACUGCGUCUACCCCGGCUGCAAAUAUAUUUGGAACAGCUCAGAAUACUGCGCCUAUCAUGUCUUCUACAUCUAACGCAGCACCGUUUGGUACGACAUCAACGACCGCCACACCUUUUGCCACUGUGACCUCUCAAUUUGACACCCCUAAUAACACAACUGCUUUCUCAAAGCCUACAUUUGGAAUCACUUCAGGAACUACUGGAGAAUCAUUCGGUAGCACCGUUACAUCCUCCAAUGCACCGUUUGGUACCACAAAUACCAACGCCACUUUUGGUACACCCGCUACCACUACUUCACCUUUCACGACAUCCACGUUCGGUGAAGUGAAGAACGCACCAUUCGCACCCACAAAUACUGCAACUACAACUGCAACAGUGAACCCCUUUGAACCUCAACAAAUCGCUUCGCCGUUCGGUGGUUUUGCACAGAGUCAAACGUCUAACACUACAACGGUGUCCUCGAGCGGACCAUUUGGAAAACCAACGUAUACCGCGACGGUGAUCAGAGCCGUCAUCGACGAAAGUGUUUAUUCCAUGGAAAAUCAGUUAACUGAUGACGAGAAGAGUAUGUAUUUAGCAGACAAGUUUAGCUUCGGUAAGAUUCCACUGAAACCACCUACUAAAGAGGUGAGGUAACACGCAGGUGUUUAUUGGAAAAUAUAUGCUGUGAUACUUGAAUGUUACUGGACUGCUAGUAUUAAAUAAUAUAUUUAUCGGUAGUGUCUCAAUUAUGUACAGAAGACAAAACGUUCCUUUCUAUAAAGACUUGAUAUUGUAAUCAAUUAACAAAAAAUAAAUUGUAUAUUGCUACAAUUUAACCAUAAA